UUGCUCCUCACGGCGGCACAGCGUGGAAGUGGAACCGGGAGUAACUUGAGGAGUAGCAGCAGCGUCCAGUCAGCCGUCCACUCCCGCGCGUCCCGACCCGGCUCUGCCUCCCGUGAUUACAGUCGGAAGCUCCGCGCCUCGUCGUCAGCCGUUCAACCCGCCCGACCGUGCAGCCCAGCGAUGGCCGAUACCGCAGCGGGUCCCGCCAUCGAGGUCAGCCCGCAGGAGCUGAAGGAGAAGAAGGAAAAGGCGGCGGAGAAGGUGGAGGAAGCGGAGAAGCAGGAGAACGGCAGUGGGGACGCUCCCACUAACGGCACCGAGGAGGAGGAGGAGAAGAAGAACGGCGCUGAGCACAAAGAAGCAGCCGCCGCCGAGCAGGUGGAGGAGGAAGAGGAAGCCGAGGGUGAAGGUGAAGGUGAUGAGGAGGACGGUGAAGGAGAGGAUGAAGACGGUGCCGAGGAGGGCGAAGGAGAUAAAACUGAUAGCAAGACAGCCAAGCGUACAGCUGAGGAAGUGGAGGAAGGUGAGACUAAGAAGCAAAAGACAAACGGAGAGAAGACAGAUUGAAAAAGCUUAAAAAUACAUUCCCUCAUUUCUGUUUUUAUAACUGGUGAUGUGGUCAGUUUUGGGGUCUAGAGGAUGUGCUUUUGUAUGUACGCUUGCAGAGUGCAUGGGUUUUUUAUAUGUACUGUACAACUGGCUCUUGAAACACCUGCCCAGAUGUUCUAGGAGAAUAUUUGUUUUUCUAUGGAGUUAUUUAUUAAUGCUCUUUGUACAACCAUAUGUUUAAUGGGCUUAAUUGCUGCACUAAAUGUUUUUUGAGACUGUUUUGAGAAGGAUUUGAAACUCGGGGUGUGGAGGGAGGGCAGGGUUGUACAUUUCAGAAGCACACUCUCUAAGACUGGCUGACUACGUCCUCACUUUUAAGAGGAGAAAUAGCUGCCCUUUUUUUUCUUUUUGUAAAUGGUGUUUAGGGUAGAGUUUCAUAUGCAAUGUGGAGGCCAAAGAUAUAGGUCCGGUUACCAGGUCCACAGAGCGCCUGGUCUGUCUCUAUUCUGUACAAAAAAAAUAACAAAAAAACUUACAAAAAAGAAUCACAAAGUUUGGGUUCCACAAUUUGUUACUGUUUAUUGUUCGUGGUGCAAAAAAAAAUCCUUCCAGCAAAAAUUGACCGGUUCAAUUUGUAAAUUUCCUUUUGAAACUCAUUGUAACGUCUGCUGUCAUUUUUUUUUCAACCUGUAUGUGGUUUCAAGGACGUGAUUUAAUGAAAGAAAGCAUUUCCCAUAUUGAACAAGUUAAAUUUGUAUACCUCAUUAGUUCAUGCUUGACCACUACUUUGUAUAUUCUGGUUGAGUACUAUAAAUAAAUCUUUGGGUUUUUUACAAAA